GACUCCCGGGCUUGGGGAUAUAAGCCUGAGCCCGGAGAACAGUGCCCAACUGUGCGGACCAGACUCGGCUACCGCAACGGCCACGCAGCUCAACCGAGCAGAGCCAGCGAAGACCGGCAGGAUCUUUGGCAGGGAGUCGGCAGCUCCAUGGAGAACGAAUUCACAUAUGAAGAUUAUCAGAAGACUGCAGAAUGGCUUCUCUCUCGUACCAAGCACCGACCUCAAGUGGCAGUGAUCUGUGGUUCUGGCUUAGGGGGCCUGACCAAUAAAUUAACUGAGGCCCAGUUCUUUGACUAUAGUGAGAUACCCAACUUUCCCCAAAGCACAGUGCCAGGUCAUGCUGGUCGACUGGUGUUUGGGUUCCUGAAUGACAAGGCCUGUGUAAUGAUGCAAGGCAGAUUCCACACAUAUGAAGGCUACCCCCUCUGGAAGGUGACAUUCCCUGUGAGGGUUUUCCGGCUUCUGGGUGUGGACACCUUGGUGGUCACCAAUGCAGCUGGAGGGCUCAACCCUAAUUUCCAGGUUGGAGAUAUCAUGCUGAUUCGUGAUCACAUCAACCUACCUGGUUUGGGUGGUCAGAAUCCUCUCAAAGGGCCUAAUGAUGAAAGGUUUGGAGUUCGUUUCCCUGCCAUGUCUGAUGCUUAUGACCGGAACAUGAGGGAGAAGGCUCUCAGUACCUGGAAACUAAUGGGAGAGAAUCGAGAGCUACAGGAAGGCACCUAUGUGAUGGUGGCAGGCCCCAGCUUUGAGACUGUGGCAGAGAGUCGCCUGCUGCAGCAGCUGGGGGCAGAUGCUGUUGGCAUGAGCACAGUACCAGAAGUUAUAGUUGCACGGCACUGUGGACUUCGAGUCUUUGGCUUCUCCCUUAUCACUAACAAGGUCAUCAUGGAUUAUGAAAGCCUGGAAAAGACAACUCAUGAGGAAGUAUUAGAGACUGGAAAACAAGCUGCACAGAAACUGGAAAAGUUUGUCUCCAUUCUUAUGGCCAGCAUUCCCCCCCCUGACAAUGCCAUUUGACCAGCCCUGGAAUGGUCCAACCGCUAAUGGGAUCCAAGUAGUUACUACCUUCUUUGGCCCUUUUCUGGGUCAUGUGCCUCUACCCUUCCAUAAUAGCAGAAAGGAAAGGAGUGGAAGAUCCCCGUCCUUCACCUUCUCCACUUUCCCACCAGAUACUUCUGGUACCAGAUCCUCUUGCUCAAUUGUCUUCUCAGAGCAGUUUGUUUUCACCUCCAUUCUUUGUAAGAGACAGAGCCCAUGCUCUGUCACACCUGGGGAUAUACCCAUGGUUUGACAUAGGCCUUUGACUGUCACACAGUAGCUUCUACUACUGCCUCACCUAAAGCACUAGAGACCAAAAAAGACCAGCCCAGAACCUCCUGGAAUUUAAUUAAUAUCAUAAUGUUUUUACAAUAAAGAGAGAUGAAAUAAU